UAUACAUGAGAUGGUGGGUAUAGCACAAAAUGGAGUUAGUCUUGCUCUGCUUGUCCAGGGGUAGGGGAUUUUUGUUAAAUUCCUUGGGUCCCACAUUGGCAGUGAUUCUGAUCCAGGCAUUGUGUUUUCUAAAUGAAUCGGAAACUAAGAUGUUGCCUUGGAGAGGGAAUCUAAGAUAAUAUACUAGGAGCCCAAAACCCAGAUUGGCCAUUCCUACCCAGUGUAGUAUACUGGGGUUAAAGUAAGGAAUUUAGAAGAGGAAUAUGUUGGUUUCAGACACAACUGGGCUACUUUUGCAACUGCCUGACUGUACAAAUUUUCUGGAUCUAUUCCCUUAUCUAUAAAAAUGGGUAUAGUUACCUGCGGUGUAGAGGGAUGGGAUUGUGAUUUCUGAAACCAUUUGGAAGCUUGCUUGCUUUAUCAAGAUUAUUAAAAUUCUUGAUAUAAGGCAGUUUCUAAAAUAAAAUGCAUUAACCAUGAACAUUGCUUAUUAUGUUGACGCUAUUCUUCAUAUGUUAGGAAAAUCUGAUGAGGGUGCUAUCACUUUCCCCAAAGCCCACUGUUUGAAACCAGAGAAAGCAAGUCACAAAGAAAUUUGGCCGCUAACUCUUACAUUCAACAAACAAAAAGGCACAAGCUCGAAAUCGUGACAAGAUCUGCCUCCAGUUGGCCAGUGGCCAAGAGUGUGGAGAGGGAUGAGUCACUUCCCUUUCACUGGGCUCUGUGUACUUAGACUUUCAGCUCCAUCUGUUACUCAACUACCCCAUUCCUCUUUGCUUCCUCCUUUCCCACACCUGCUACCAUCGUUUCUAUCUCUCUGAGACUUUCCCUCUUCGCUCCUGCGGCUUCUGGUACUACGCGUUCCGCGCUCUCUUCCCAGAUUUCUGUCACCAGCUCCUCGGCCGCCCCUUUGGCUUCUUCCCUUUGUUCGGUGAUCUACGGCAAUCCUCCCGCAACGUCCGGGCUCCUCCCCAAGAUGGGGGAAGGGGGAUUGCCACCCGCAGCCCCCGCUGGGGUCCGCACCGUGCGCCCUGGUCCCGGUACCUCCUUGCAACCGCGCGACUUGCUCUUUACCUCCCUGCCCCUCUCUCUAUAUCCCGCCCCCAUCUCCGCCUUCAGCGCCGAGCUCCGAGGCUCCAGAGCCUCCGGCUGAGCGCGCCCAUCAAGGUUGCCCGGUCCCUCGCCACCCGUUCGCCCCGGAGAACAUCGCCGAGGGCCCCUUCCCAGACCGCGCGCCCCGGCUGCCCGAGGCUGAGGCCGGCUCUGCUUCUUCCUUGGCUUGGGAUGCGCACCGCCGGCGGGGGCAGUCGCUGCUGAGUCCAGAGCCCUGCGCCACCCACGUGUCCGAGAGCCCGGCGCGGGGCCAGCGCGAACCUCUCCAAGGCCAGCGGCUCCUCGUCGCGGAAGCACUUCUGUUGCAGGCGAAACCCGCACGGGCGGGAGAGCGGCGCGCGGGUCACUAGCGGCACGUGCGGAUCCUCGGCGUGUCGCCGCAGGGUGCGGGUGCCCGCAGAGCCAGAGACCCAGCGAGCCAGCGAGCGAGCGAGCGCCGGAGAAGGGAGGGUGGGCGCGGGGACCGCCGAGAGGCCGACACCUCGGGGCAGUAGGGGCCGCUCGGCGGUGCGGGCGGCGGGACUGCAGUGCCACCGCUCCGGAGGAAGCCCACACGCUCACACGCCCGCGCGCGCACGCACGUGCACACCACGGGCAGCGAGAACACUAGCGAGAGCCCUUGAGGGUCGGACGCGUUUUAGCCAUGGCUUCUGUCCUUAACAGCAAAAUUCACGCGUCCGGGACUUGCCAGGGCUCCAAAGCUGAUGCCCGCGGUGGCACCGACUGGAGAAUGGAUUGGGAUCCCGAGAUGCACGUGAAAAUGUGCAAGAAGAUCGCCCAGCUCACCAAGGUGAUUUACUCCCUCAACACUCGCCAGGAUGAAGCGGAGGCCAGCGUGGAGGCUCUGCGGGAAGCCCACCGGGAGGAGCUCCAGAAGGCCGUGGCGGAGACCGAGGCCAGGCUCCUGCGGGAACAGGGCCACGCAGAGGAGGAGGCCCUGCUCCAGCGCAUUCGGGCCCUGGAGAACGCCUUGGAGCUGCAGAAGAGGCUGACCCAGGAGGCGCUGGCUCAGUCGGCCACGUGCAGGCUGGAGACCAAAGAGAGGGAGCUGAGGGUGGAGGCAGAGCACGCCGAGCGGGUCCUCACCCUCUCCAAGGAGAUGCUGGAGCUCAAGGCCGACUAUGAGAAGAGGCUCCGGCACCUGGCGAGCCACGAGACGCCCCAGUGGGGCCAGCUUUCCCAGGAGGGCCCGGAGCCCAAGGGAGAGCCAGGCCAUGGCCACGAGAUGCGGGACGUCCUCCUGGAGGUGGAGAGGCUGCGAGCAGAAAACCAGCAGCUGAGCAAGGACUACGCCCGGAAGGCUGAGGAGCUGCAGGCCACCUAUGAGCGGGACACCGAGGCCAUCCGGCAGGCCAUGCAGCAGUCCGUGAGUGAGGCCCUGUGGCAGUGGCAGGAGAAGGAGACGGACCUCCGCAAGAACUUCCAGGUCCAGGAGUCAGCCCUGCAGGCUCAGGUCAGGAAGCUAGAAGGGGAUCUGGAGCACAGGGGCCGCAAGAUAAGUGACCUGAAGAAGUAUGCCCAGAAGCUGAAGGAGAGGACUCAGGACCUAGAUGUGCAGCUCAAGGAGGCUCGGCAGGAGAACUCUGAGUUGAAAAGUACUGCAAAAAAACUCGGGGAGAAGCUGGCCAUUGCCAAAGACAGACUGAUGCUGCAGGAACGUCAUGUAACACCGAAAACCGAUGAAAUGAAGACAGAGCUAGUUGCAGAGAAUGAAGUCCUAGGGAAGGCGAAUGACCUGGAAGGCCGCAGUCUCCAUCCUCAGCAGGACCCGAACUUUCCCAAGGAGUGUCCAUGUACCAAAGGAGGCCCAGAGACACAGACCAGGAAAGAGGCAAGUAUUGAGACGGAAUAUAUGAAGAAGCAAUAUGAAGAAGACCUUCGUAAAAUCAAACAUCAGACAGAAGAGGAGAAGAAACAUCUCAAAGACCAGCUAGUGAAGCGCCUGGAAGACUUGGUAAAGAAGCACGCCAUAGAAAUCAAAUCGGUUCGCUCUUCGGUGGAGGCCGAGAGGAGGAAGCUGCAGAAGGAAGUAGAAGCACAGUUGGAGGAAGUGAAGAAGAAAUCAGAAAAUGAAAUCAAGCAGCUGGAAGAAGAGAAAGCAGCCUUAAAUGUGAAGCUCCAGAAUUCUCUGCUCGAGGUUUUAAGACUGGAAGAAUUUAUCCAACAGAAUAAGGUACAUCCCCGAAGAGGCAAAGAAAGGCCCCAGGAAUUGGACAGCCAGCGCUGUAGUAUCUUAGAGACCCAGGAUCCAUGCUCGAAGCUGAAUAAACCUCAGACCCCACCCAAAGGAGAAGAGUACCAGGAUAAGUUAGCAGCUGAAGAAGGAACCAGCAGUGAUGAAGAAGAAAGGAUCAAAGUGCCCCUCAAGGAAGGAGAUGGCCUGCAACCUCCACUGAGCUCUUUGCUGGAGGAGAAGGCACCCGACAUCCAGCGUCUGCAGGAGGAGUGGCAAAGCCAGAAGGCCAGAUUGCAAGCCCAGGUCUCCCAGAUGCAGCAGGCUCUGGAGCAGUGCGCCAGCAGCUACCGGGCGGACCUGCAGGAGCUCAAGCAACUCUCCGACCACGAAAGGGAGAAGCUGCAGCACGAGCUCCAGGAGACCGUUCAGCAGAACCAGGCCAUGAAAGCUCAGCUCGAGGCCUCCCACCAGCGAGCCUUGCGCAUGCUUGAGAAGGCCAAAAAUCAAGAGCUCAAGGCCGCAGAGGAGCGCCUGAAGAAGGAAGCCAGCCACAGCCUGCAGAUUCAGCACCAGGCUCACCGGCUGGAGCUCCAGGCCCUGGAGGAAAAGGCCCGGCAGGAGCUCCAGGGAGAGCGGGAGAGGACGCAGGCUCAGCAGGCUCUCGUGUUAGAGUCCCUGAGGCAGGAGCUGUCGGAGCAGCGGGCCGCCUGCUCUGGGCACCAGAAAGACCUGGAGGUGCUGCAGGCUGAGCUGAGGGCUCUGGGCAGCUUGGGCAAGCCGCAGGCCACCGCCCAGUGUCCAGGGGACAGUGAGGACCGCGCUGUCGCUGCCGAGGACGCGGGCGGCCCGGGCCAGGCGGGCUCCCCGAAGGGCGCCGCGGAGCCGGGUCCGAGCGAGGGCUGCGACCCCUGGGAGGAGAACUCGCAGCUCAAGGACGCAGUGCAGCGGCUGCGGGCCGAGGUGGAACAGCAUCAGCAGGAGGCGCUACAGCUCCGCGAGCAGCGCAGGCUGCUGGAGGAGGAUCAGCAAGCCCAACGGGCCCGGGAGACGGAGAAGCUACGCCAGGAACACCGGAAGGAGAUGCAGGCCAUGGUGGCGGAUUUCAGCAGUGCACAAGCCAGGCUCCAGGCCCGGCUGGCUGCCCUGGAAACUGAACUGAAGGAUUCCGGAGAGAAACCAGGGAAGGGGGCGUCCAGGCCAGAGGACGUUCAGCUCAUAGGCCGCCUGCAGACCCGCCUGAAGGAGAGAGAGGAGAUCAUCAAGCAGCUCAUGGAGGAGAGAAGAUUUCACUGUGCAGCCUUCCCCAGCGCCAUGUCCCAUCGGAACCGCUCUUUCUCUUUCAACCCUCACCCAGGAUAUUUGACCCCCUCCAUGAAGAAAAAGAAGCUGGAGGAAGUGCCCAGCCGAGUGGUCAGCGUGCCAAACCUGGCCUCCUACGCAAAGAACUUUCUGAGUGGUGAUCUGAGCUCCAGGAUCAACGCCCCUCCAAUAACGAAGUCACCCAGCUUGGACCCAAGCCCUGGCUGUGGCCAGCCUUACAAACCCACCCAGGCUCUAGAUGUGAAAACUGCCACAAGGACACAAGAUGGUGAAACAGCCCAACACAAAGAAGUCCAGCAGAAACAGGGCUCUGCCCACCAGGAAUGGUUUACCAAGUAUUUCUCUUUCUAAACUGAGUCUCAGGAUUCCAUCACAAAGAGGACACCUGAAACACAUGUAAAGCAUCUGACUGAAGGAAUGAAGUAAAAAACCAAAUUAACUUGCUUGUGACAUGAUUUAUAUGUAAUAGCCAAAACAAAUUUUGGCAUUAACAUUUCAUACUGUUUCAUUGUGAAACCAGUGCUUAAACAAAAUUCUUGACAUUAAGGUGAAAAUCAAAACAACAUAAACCAGUGUUAUCAAAAUGCACCCACAGAAAAUAUUAAUGUUACUGAUGACCCUCACAUUGUAUUUCUAGUGUCCAUAAGAUUUCAUUCCACUUUGUGGAAUAUCAGGCUUUGUGAUUUCCAUGAUCUACUUUAAAAGUGGUUUCACUUGUCCUUAGAAUGCUAGUCAUCUCCACUUGAAAAGUAUUUCUGUGUAAAUGACAGAAUUACAAAAUGCACAUUCAACCUCACUAGGAAGAAGAAUAAAAGUUCGAAAUACUCAUGAAAACCAAUUACAAACACAAAACAAGGCAAAACUAGGAGUGGAUGACAGCAACCCUUGGCACACUUCGACCGAGUGCUCUGACUUCCUAAGUCCAGGACCUGAAGUAGACGAGAGAGGGGAUAACACCUACCUCAAAAGGGGCUUUUGGAGAAGUAAGCAAAAUAGGAUAGGUAUGAUACCAAUCACGAACUGGAAUUAACCACUGCCAGAAUUUUUCUGUGAAUAACCGAGCCUCACUCUGUCAUAUGACUGUAGUUUCAACUUGGUCACUUGUGAAAGUUUCUAGAGUAUUCUUUGAAGUCAAAGAUCUACUGAGCCCAUAGUCUUUGAGCCUGGGCCCUUUGCCUCAUGGUGCAUUGCUUCCCCAUCACAUGGAUGCUCAGUACUGUAAGGGAAUCGGGACUGGCCAUUCAUGGUGCUGACCCAUGUCAGUCCACACUGAAUAGUCUGACCUUCUGAUGGAGCAGUGUGAUUUGACAAGACUCAAUACAAUUUGGGCAAAAUAUGUUCUCAAUCCUUUGGUGCUGGCCCCACACGUGGCCAUAAACAUUUAUUCUAUGCACUGUCAAAUCUUUGCUCUUUGAAUAAAACUUUAAACUGGGCAAUUAAAAAUGGCUGUGACUUGUAUUGUUUUCCCAAAGAAAGGUGAAAGUAGAUGAAGACAGUUUGGAAAUAAGAAAUUCACAUUAAUCUCAAUCAGCUCAACUUUAAAUGAAAAGUAGCUGCUUACAUAAUUUUGGGAGAAAUGCAAUUACAACUCAAAUUACAACUGACAAUUUAAAGGUAAAAUCACUAUCUUUUUUAAUGUUUUUAAGGUUUAUUUGUUUUGAGAGAGUGAGCACACGUGAGAGGGUAAGGGGCAGACAGAGAGGGGAGAGAAUCCCAAGCAGGCUCUGACACACUGUCUCCAGGGCUCAAUCCCACCGACUGUGAGUCAUGACCUGAGCCGAAAUCAAGAGUCGGACACAAAACCAACUGAGCCACCCGGAGGCCCCUAAAGGUAAAAUUCCUAUCUAAUCAAAACACGUGGCCCCAAUAAGAUAAUUUCUUAAAUGAAAAUACUUGUUACCAUACAUGUAACAUGCCAUGUUAUUUCUCAGUAUCAAUUUUUUUUAGUGAUCUUGUUUCCUGCUUAGGGUGAGCACUGUAGGAUUAUGCUUGCGUUCUGUGUUUUAAGAACUAAACUAGUUUUGUGUUUUAAAAACUAAACUACGUACAGAUAGUUGUACUGUUUAUCGAAACAUUCUUCCAACACUGCAACUACUGAUGACUAGCAACGUAGGCUGCACUUUAACUCAGCAUGACACCUGCUGCAGGGACAGAAUUUUAUUGAGACUCUACAUCUGUUUGAUUUCUUUCUUGUUGCAGGUGAGUGAAAGAUUGUUAAAUUUCUAGAUUCCACACUACAAUAAUUGUAUCUGUUAACUAAAUCUGAGCAUGCUUCUAUCAUUUAUUUCCUUAGGACACAUUCCUUGGGUAUCUAAGUAAAGCAUCAAAGGACACAUGCUUAAGCUUUUUGAUAUAGCAGAAUUAUCAUCCAGAAAGUUUCUCUCAAGGUUCCACCUUCACCACAGUGAAUAAAAUCCUCUCUGUACCCUAGAUAAUACUGACAAAGAAACUCAAUUUGAUAGAUAAAACAUUCUUCUGGUUUUUGUGUAUAUAAUCAGAUUCCAUCAAUCUCUCAAGAGUGAGUGGUCCAGACGUGACAGUGAUGGCUUGGGGAAAACAGUGCAGAUGAAGAGAAAUGAACUGAUUCAGGAUUGAAUCAGGAGGGAGAAACAGCAAGAUUUGGUGAUAAAUCUUGUUAGGCUCUUUUAGGACAGAAGGAGGGGCUAACAUACGGCUGGAGCAAAACUGUAAAGGAAGAUUGCUGUAAAGUGUUUCUUAAUUAGGGUAGAAAAGACUGAACGCGCUCAAGAAAUGGCUGCAUAUAGUGUGCCUGAACCCUUAUUAGUUGCUCUAGCAUUGAUGUAACAUCCAACACAGUAGUUGUGAGUGAGGCUACUUGGUCUAUAUUCUCUCCAGGAUCCAUCUGGAUUCUGCAAGGGCGACGUUAGGAAAUUAAAUGGAGCUGUGAUAGGGAACUGUCCCUGCAUUCUUCAGAUUUCUUAAGUAGGGCUAAUCUCCACCAUCACCCCUGGGGAUGCAAUACUAUUUUUGAUCUACUCCCUCCUGCUAGUUCCUCAGCUGUCUCCCCUCACCCUACAGGUGAUAAUCAAAGAUGCCCCAGGCACUCGGAGUGGCUGUUGACUGUUAAGUCCUGUUAGUCAUUAUCCCUCCAUGGGGAGUCAAGACAGUGAGAUGCUAACCAGCCAACUCCACUGUUCUUGUACACAGUAUGCCCCCUUACCUUCCAAUGUUCGGUCCUUGUACUGACAAUGUUCCCUUCCACUGGGACGUCUCCCUGUGGCACCACUGGUGGAAUCUUCAGCAAGUGGGCCAUUGGCAACUACACCGCCAUGGGUCUUCCUUGCCAAUUGGGACAGUGCAUGAGCCAGUCCCCAGGCCCCAUCCUACUGCCUGCUCUCAGACCACGUCCACUAACAGCCAUGUCAGUCAGGUCCUCCAGGAGCUAUCUCCCAAGACACAAUUAGAAUUAGAAGACAUUUAUUGGGGAUUUCAAUGGCCCUCAGCCAAGGACCACCAGAAACACAUCUGCAGGGAACAAGUUAGGUUUAUUACUUGUUGCAAUAGGGAGAAUGCUCAUUGCGGAGAUGGUAGGGCUUCUCAGAAAGAGGGUGUUAGAACCUAUUUCAGAAUUCUGGCUUUGGUGAGUGAUUUCAGACAGCCUAAGGAUGCAAGGGUGCACUCUAGAUUGGAUGCUGUAAACAAGUCGGGGCAAUUCUAUGACUGGGUGCCUGAAAGAAAAUUUUAUUUGUUCGGAGCACAGACUAGAGUGAAGAUAAAGCUGAAAAUAGUUAAAAAAAAAAAAAAAAGGCAGUUACUCACUUCAGUCAGAAGAAUGUUUGGUGGGUUAACACUGUGACCUUAUUUUUUCUCUGAGCCUAGACAAAAUGAUGAGGUGCUUUUGUUUUGUCCUACUUUAUCAUGGUCUUGGAGCAACUCUGAGUUGGUAUUCUGAGACUGUUCAUGUCCAACAGGAGAAUAACAUGGCCUAGUUGGAUAAGUGUCCACAACACAGAUCAGUAUCUGGAUGUCAGGGACAGGUUUUUCUUCCCCUUCUCAGGAAAAACCACCUGUAACAUAAAGGGAAGAGGAAGCCUAAGGCAAGAAGAGCCUUCAGACCAUGGUGCAGGUUGACACCAGUGAAAGGGAGGCCAAGGAAGAUUUGGGCAAAGAAGCUCAGACAAUAAGACAGCACCAAAAAGUCUUGGCCAGGCCAGUGGGAGCUCCAGAGCAAAGACUGCCCAUGAGGAGUCCCAUGUUGAACAGGAAUGACCUGGCUUCAGUACCCCACCUGUGUCUGAUCACAGCCAGGGAGAGUAAAGAAGAUGAAGUGGCCAGUAACCAUCAUGAGCACAGUGAUGGUGGUAUGGAAGGGGCAGGCUGAAAAAGGAGGAAGAGAAGGAGAGAUGCUGGAGACUGUGAACGAGGGGCAGGGAGAUAGGGCAUCAGCUCAGGUACCGAAGGAAUGUUAAAGAUGGGAGAUGAAGAACUCUUGUGAGCCGCAGGGAAUGAUCCAGGAGACAGGGGAUGCGGAAGACGGACACCACCCAAGGAUUAAGCCCUAGAGAAGGUGACUGCCCUGGGGCCCAGAACCCUGGUGGAAAGGCUGGUCCUACACAGGGUAGGCACUUCAGGAGAUGGAACAGGAAGGAAAAAAAGGAGACCCUGAAGAUGUGGGUAGGUUUGUCCUUCUGGGACUGGAAAAGUAAGGGAAAUCCUAGCUGAUGGUUUCUUCUCACUGAAGACAGCAACUCAAGAGCGUUUUCUACGUUAAUCACCAAGAGAUUAAAAUGAUAUUCAUAGCUAAGAUUGAAAAGUUGUAUUGACAGAAAACUCUCAAUUCAUAAUAAAGAAAUGGCAAUAACUGGUACUUGCAUGAAUUCAAAAUAUUUUCACUAAGCACCAAAUAGAAUAGUUCUCAAUCUUUUCACUAAGAACCUCUUUAUUAUUCAAAGACUGCCUAAAACUUAAGCAGUUUAUUUAGGUUUUUAACCAAGAAAUCAAAGCUGUUGGGAUGCCUGGGUGGCUCAGUCGGUUAAGCGUCUGAUUUUGGCUCGGGUCAUGAUCUUACAUUUCGUGUCAGGCUCUGUACUGACAGCUCAGAACCUGGAGCUUGCUUCAGAUUCUGUGUCUCCCUCUCUCUGCCCCUCCCCCACUCAUGCUCUGUCUCUCCCUCUCUCUCAAAAAUAAACAUUAAAAAAAAAAUUAAAAAGGGGCACCUGGGUGGCUCAGUCGGUUAGGCGGCCGACUUCAGCUCAGGUCAUGAUCUCAUGGUUCAUGGGUUCAAGCCCCAUGUCGGGCUCUGUGCUGACAGCUUGGAGCCUGGAGCCUGCUUCGAAAUCUGUGACUCCCCCUCUCUCUGUGUCCUUUUCCCAGCUCAUGCUCUGUCUCUGUCUCUUAAAAAAUAAAUAAAUGUUAAAAAAAAAUUUUUUUUUAAUUAAAAAAAACAAAAAAGAAAUCUAAAGCUGCCAAUCAGAGCUUCGAAUUGGCAUGAAGUGACCAGGUUAACAACCCUGAGGUCAUAUAUUGUGAGUAAAACCUUUUUUUAAAAGCUUUGUUUAACCUAUACUGAGGGAAUUUGUUAGCCUCAGGCUGUGUACCCCACACACGGGCACACAAACAAAAAUGAGUAAAAAGUAUUACGCAUAAAAAAUAAAUAAUAAGUGGUUCCUGUACAUUCAGAGAGGAACAAUGCCUACUUCUAAUGAGAGGCACUGAGACAGAUGCAAAUCACUAACCUCCGCAAAGAGAACCAUGCAAGGUUGGUAGAGAGAGAGGUAGUCCUGUGUCUUGAGGGGUGAGGCAGAAAGCAUGCAGUGGCUUCAGGGACCAGAUGGCAUCAGACCAAACAACCAUGAAUGGAUGGGUAUCAGUGUUAUAUAGGGAGGGCCUUCAAGGCUGAAGGAAAUAAAACACUUCAGGACACUGAGUCACAGAAGUAUUGCCUGUUCGGAAGACAAUAGAGCAUCUGUUUUGGGUAAAGAGAUGUAAUCUGAUUAGAUUGUAAACAACGAGAAAGGAAAAUCUCAUCCAAGGAGCACCACACACAAUGCCGGUCUGGACUUCUCAACGGCAGCUCAACAGAGAAUCUCACUGGCCCAUGUAACCAACAAGAGGGUAAAAUGUCUUCCCAAAUGCUGAGAUCCCAUGAUCUUCGAGGAUGGUGAGUCGCUGAGAGUCACCUGCAGCCCAUUCUCCACCCCAAGACCCCAGUCCCUUGGAAUCAAUGUCACUCAUUAGCAAGAUCCUUCCUUAAUGAGAAAUUCUGCUACAAAAAAAACAGAAACAAAAACAACACAAGCAAACAAAACUGAAAGUGAAAAGA